AUUUGAAGAAAUGUUCACUUCUGCUUUCCGAACGAUUGCUGAACUUGAAUUGAUACCGGAAGAUUUAUUCUACGUCACUGUUAAUGGAAAAAUUGUGGACUGGAAGAAUUUGGAUAAUAACACUCAUUUCCAAGUGCACUUCAGACUUCGCGGUGGUAAAGGAGGCUUUGGUUCGCUGCUUCGCUCAUUUCGUAUUCACCGUUCAACGAAUCAGUUAAUGUGCCGCGAUUUAUCUGGCCGACGGCUUGCUGACAUUAAGGAAGAAGAAAAGCUCCGCAAAUGGAUUGAAAAAGCAGGCGAGAGGGAAGAAGAGAAACGUCGGCAAAGGCAAGAGAAAUAUGAGAAAUUAAAAGCAGGUCCUCUAAAACAUGAUUUCAAUGAUCCCGAUUUUAUACAGAUGCGGGAAAAAAUCUUGGAAGAAACAGAUGAAGCGUUUGAACAGGGCAUUGCCGUUGCUAAAAAUAAGAGAACUAAUGAGGAAGGCUUACUGAACUCGAAACAAGAAUCACAGGUGGUUGAUGAUGAUAAUUCCAUGGAAGGGACUGUGCCGUCGAAACGAAGGCGAAUGACAGCAAAUGGAACAUCUGAAUGUGUGACGCCUAGUUUGGAUGACGAAAACAGAAGUAUAGCCACUAUUAGUGAUGAAGGCAAAAAAUAUGCUGAAAAUGAAGAAAAAAAAACGUCUCCGAGAACAGCAGCUGUGCUUAUUGCUGAAAAGUCAAGUACUGUUUUGGAAAAAGCAACCAGUAAAAUGACAAAUAUUGAUGUCAACCUGGAUGACUACGACAGUGCAGAAAAACUAGAAUCUUUGGGGCUGGAUCGCUUAAAGCAUGCUCUUGAAGUGCUUGGUUUGAAAUGUGGUGGUUCAUUGGUUGAGCGAGCAGUUCGACUUUAUUCGGUUAAAAACUUAAAACCCGAACAGUAUCCUAAGAACAUCCGCGCACGUGGUAAAAAGGAAUAAACAAGGCUGUUUGUGCACUUUUUACAUACUUUUCAGUGUAUAUUAUGCAUUAUUUAUUAGUAUUCAUUCCAGACUUUAACAGAUAAUAAGUAGAUAUAAUCCUAUAUCUUUAAUUAAUGCACAAUUUAUAUCCUUUAAUUAAUGCAUAAUUUGUUCAUGAUAUUCGAUUAAUUUGUGUCUUACAUUUUUAUUUGAUUCAAAUGAAGCUUUCCUCAGAGAUACCAAACGCUUGUAGUUUUUUGUUUUUAUCUUUCUUAUCGUCUUUAAAUCGCUCUUUUUAAUCAUGAAAUUCGAAGUGCGAACUUAUGAUGGUUGAUUC